AAUAGUGAAGUUCGUGCGGAUCGCCUGGAUGAUGGCUCUUCGAACAGUGAUUUCUUCUAAAAUUCCUAUGGUGAUAAUAUUAGGUGCUACAGGGACAGGAAAAACUAAGUUAAGUGUUGAAUUAGCUCAGAAACUCGGAACCGAAAUAAUCAGCGCAGAUUCUAUGCAAAUAUACAAAGGCCUAGAUGUGGUAACAGCGAAGGCAAGUCGCCGCGAACAGGAGAUGGUGAAGCACCAUCUACUUGAUAUCCUGGAACCACACAACAUGUUCACCGUGGUGGACUUUAGGAAUAGAGCUCUGAAAAUUAUUGACAACCUCACAGAACAAGGAAAAGUGCCCAUUAUUGUUGGAGGAACCAACUAUUACAUAGAAUCCAUUGUCUAUAAAAUACUUGUAGAAGACAUGAAUGAUUCAGAAGCUUUACUCUGGGAUAAAAGUAGACGGAAAAGAGAUCUCGAUGACUACAGUGAUGAUCAUGAUGAAGUAGAAACCAAAAAGGCUGCUAAAGAACCUACCCACGAAACGACUGCAAAGCCUUCAACAUCAGAAAUCAUUGAUGAGACAGAAAACAUUUCAGAAAAAACCAACUCCGAUACCUGUAUAGAUGUUACUAAAAAUACUCAAGCAGUAAAUAAAGAAAAACUAAAGAUUGACGUAGAUAAUGAAAAGAAAUUUACAAACGAGGAGAUCCAUACAAAACUGAAAGCUAUAGAUCCUGUGAUGGCGGCGCGUUUACAUCCAAACAACAGGCGGAAAGUUUUAAGAUCAAUCGAGGUAUGGUUGAAGACGGGACGUUUACACAGCGAGAUCCUAGCGGAGCAGAAACUAAGCGAAGGGCAGCUCCGGAGACCUGGCGCGACUGUCAUAUUAUGGCUGAAAUGUGAACAGUCAAUACACGAUAAAAGAUUAAAUAAUCGCGUGGACGUGAUGCUGCAAGAGGGCCUCAUACAGGAGUUAUUGGACUUUCACGCCAAACAUAACAUGCACAGGAUAAAAGAUGGAAAACCACCAGAUUACACAAAAGGAAUAUUUCAAACGCUUGGAUUCAAAGAAUUUCACGAUUAUCUGAUGCUUAAUGAGGAACAGAAGGAUACCGAAGAGGGCAAGAAAUUACUGCAAGAAAGUAUAGAAAAUAUGAAAACAUCUACUAGAAGAUACGCCCGGAGGCAGAAUAAGAUGAUCAGAGGACGAUUUCUGGAGCAUCCAUUCAGAGAGGUACCACCUAUAUACGAACUGGAUACAACAGAUAUUACAAAAUGGAAUGAACUUGUUAAAAACAAAGCUUUUCACAUUGUUGAAAGUUAUUUAAAUGGAUCUCCAUGUGAUUAUAAACCAAUAGAAGUUAUUAUAGAUGAAGAUAAAAAGAAAAUUGACGGUAACUCACGGAAUUAUUGUGAUGUUUGUGAACGACUUAUAAUCGGGGACAAAACAUAUGAAAUCCAUCUUAAAUCUUACAAACAUAUGAAAAUAUUAAAAAAGAAGAAAAAAUUAGAAGAAAGAAAUAAAGCAAGAGCAGAGCAGCAAAAUUUUGAUUGAUGCAUGCAUGCAUGCAGCAUUAAUUUGUUACCAAUUUAAAUUAUUCUUAUUUUUAAUUA